AGGUGCCGAUAAACUUGACAUAUUUCGCGUUAACAUUUAUUUGUUAUCUUUUUACAGAUAGAUAAAGGGAACCCCUGUAAGGUUAUUUACCGACAGCAGGGAUUUAUUGUACAGGUGUGUAGUAAAAGUGUCAAUCUUGCCACAUAAUGUUUGCAAUUACAUCGACGAUUUUGUUUGCCAAUUUACUGAUUCUACAACAAACAUUUGCACAGGAACAAUGUGGUGGGACUUUAACAGCAAAAGAAGGUGUAUUUCAAACACCACACUACCCGCAUGAAUAUGAUAGCAACACACAUUGUGAAUGGUUAAUUGAAGUAGGAGCCGACCAAGUUGUUCAGCUCACAUUCGCUGAAUUCGACUUGGAUGACAACUAUGAGCGUGACAACUGUCCAACAGAUAGAGUUUUAGUUUAUGAUGGAGACUCCAGUUCUAGCCCUGCACUCACUGGCAGGUUAUGCGGACAAGAAACGCCACCAGUAAUGACAAGUACUGGACGACACAUGAAAAUUUCGUUUAAAGCUGGAGAAGAUUCAUUCGGUGGAAAUGGUUUCAAAGCCACCUAUAAAUCUCUACCAGCUGAAGAUCAUCAAAGAUGCAUCCUGAACAGUUGUGGUGCUGACAUAACCGAUACAAGCUGUAUGAUCCAAUCACCAGGUUACCCAUCUGGUUAUGCUGCUAACCUUAACUGUACAUGGACCAUACGUGCACCCCAAGGCGUUGGGAAUGUUGUCUUUACUUUCACAGAGGCUGACUUUAAAAGAAAGGUUGAUGGCAGGUGUUCUCUCAACAAUGUCACCUUAUAUGAUGGAUCAAACAUUAAAGCUCCGGUUCUUCAUGAACCAAGUUGUCAUACAGAAGACAACCGGCUUAAAACAACUGUAAUUCGCUCUACAGGUCCAGUAUUAAUCAUAAACAUGCGCACAAGUGCUGCAUCUGACAUUAAGCAUGGCUUCAAUGGAAACUUUGUGAUUGAGGGAGGGGUGUCAACAACAACAACAACACCAACACCACUUCCAAUGACCAGCACAACAACAACUACUACUACAACUUCCACAACUACCCCUACCACCACCACCACUACCACUACUACUACCAUUUCCACAACACUCAAGCAACUUUUGUCAAAGAAAACAACUGUUGGAGAAAAUGCUAAAGAAAGCACGAGUAAUGAACCAACAGAGAACCCCGUUGACAAUUCUAUUAGUCACAACCCUGCUGCUGUCUCAGGACUUGUUAUUGGGUGCGUUGUGGCCGUUGCUAUUAUUGUCUUCGCAAUUCUUCUUUUCGUUGCAUUUAUUCACUGGAAGCGACAAAAUCAUAGAUUCAACAUCCGACUUCGUGAAGAAGACAAUAGAAGCGAUGUGAAUACUCUCAUCUCAUCCGUGGACUCCCAGGAGUUUGAUUACAAAAACAGAAACAGCAAAAUUGUGAAAGUCCACGAAGAGGAAGAGCCAAUGUUUCAACUGUAAUUUUUGACCAUACCACCGCACUUUUGAGAGGUUUUAUUCAAAAAAUUUUACACAAAAUAUUUGAUAUAAUAUUGCAGUGCUCUCUUUCAACGUAGUGCUUUGACAUUGUUGCACAAAUUCUCCAGAAUGCUCAAGGUUCCUAAACCUUCUUCAUCACUACAUAGUUCCCACACAAAUUAUAUAUCUUUUCCAACCUACUGUGUAAUUAUUUAUUGCUCCCAUUUUUGUGUCCAUGCUCUGUAUUACUUGCUACAUAGUUAGGGUGAGUUAUACUGCCUUCGCAAUAAGCUUGUACAUAGUUGCGCCAUACGAGACAUAGGAUUCCUCUUAUUUAUCUGCAUAUGGUUACUGCAUUAUCCGCAUAUGGUUGACAUUGACACAUUGUAUAAUAUUAUUAUUCACCUUUGUACUGGCUGUCUUAACCUCUUUCGCGAACCCUUUUUUAAUGCACCUUACACAAUUUAGAAAUGGCAGUGGUGCCAGUUCCUGAAUUUAUUAAUAUUUGCUGGUUGUUGACCCAAAAAUGUGGCGAAGCUGGCAACACUGUUCAGUGCAAAUUCUUUUCACUGUGAAGCAAAAUCAGUUGUGCAUUCUAAGAUUAACGUUCGCUGCUUCUUACAAUGGAAUUAUAUGCUUCUUAGUCUUAUUAUAGAGUUGAUUCUGUGCGUCCCUGAUAACGAUACCAACAAUUAAUUGUCGUAAUAUUGUUUUAUUUUUCUCUGCUAAUACGGCAAGUUGGUAAACAAUAAAUCUCCUUUUGGAUUAUUCAA